GCGCCGGGGGCUCCUCUGCGCGUGCGCCUGCGAAGGUCUCGCUUCCGCGGCGAUGUCCGGGCGGGUGAAGCGGGAGCGGGAUUCCCGCCCGCUGUCGGUGCGGAGCUCGCUGUCCAGCCGUGGCCCGCAGGAGCCGGGCGGGGAGGGCGGCGCGCCUCGGGGCCUGCGGGUGAAGCGGGAGCCCGCCGACGAGGAGCCCCGGGUCAAGCAGGAGCCCCUCGACGAGGAGGACGACGACGACGAGCCCACCGUGAAAUAUGGUCGAUUCGACCCAGAGGACCGACGGAGCAGGCACUGCCCAUACUUGGACACCAUAAACAAGAGCGUUCUCGACUUUGACUUUGAGAAGCUGUGUUCAAUCUCGCUCUCCCAUAUCAACGUUUAUGCUUGUUUGGUGUGUGGGAAAUAUUUUCAGGGUCGGGGCUUGAAAUCCCAUGCUUACAUUCACAGUGUACAGUUCAGCCAUCACGUCUUCCUCAACCUUCACACCUUGAAGUUCUAUUGUUUGCCAGACAACUAUGAAAUCAUUGACUCUUCACUUGAGGAUAUCACCUAUGUCCUGAAGCCCACCUUCACCAAGCAACACAUUUCCAACUUGGAUAAGCAAGCCAAACUCUCCCGAGCCUAUGAUGGCACCACAUACCUGCCGGGCAUUGUGGGAUUGAACAACAUCAAAGCAAAUGAUUACGCUAAUGCAAUUCUCCAGGCCCUGUCUAAUGUCCCACCACUGCGGAAUUAUUUUUUGGAGGAGGAGAACUACAAGAACAUCAAGCGCCCUCCAGGAGACAUCAUGUUUCUGCUGGUUCAGAGGUUUGGAGAGCUCAUGAGGAAACUAUGGAAUCCUCGAAAUUUCAAAGCUCACGUCUCCCCCCAUGAAAUGCUGCAGGCUGUGGUUCUCUGCAGCAAGAAGAACUUCCAGAUCACCAAGCAAGGUGAUGGGGUUGACUUUCUGUCCUGGUUCCUGAAUGCCUUGCAUUCUGCUCUUGGGGGGACAAAGAAGAAGAAAAAGACCAUUGUGACAGACGUCUUCCAGGGCUCCAUGCGGAUAUUCACCAAGAAACUGCCACACCCUGAUCUGCCAGCAGAGGAGAAGGAGCAGCUGCUCCAGAAUGACGAAUACCAGGAGAAAAUGGUGGAAUCCACUUUCAUGUAUCUAACCCUGGACCUCCCCACGGCUCCGCUGUACAAGGAUGAGAAGGAGCAACUCAUCAUUCCCCAAGUACCGCUUUUCAACAUCCUGGCCAAGUUCAACGGAAUUACAGAGAAGGAAUAUAAAACCUAUAAGGAGAACUUCCUAAAGCGUUUCCAGCUCACCAAGUUGCCUCCUUACCUCAUCUUCUGCAUCAAGAGGUUCACCAAAAACAAUUUCUUUGUGGAGAAGAACCCCACCAUUGUCAACUUCCCCAUCACGAAUGUAGAUCUCCGGGAAUACCUGUCUGAGGAAGUGCAGGCUGUACAUAAGAACACAACCUAUGAUCUCAUCGCAAACAUCGUGCAUGAUGGGAAACCAACAGAAGGGGCCUACCGGAUACAUGUAUUGCACCACGGCACAGGCAAGUGGUAUGAGCUGCAAGAUUUGCAGGUGACAGACAUUCUUCCCCAGAUGAUCACCCUCUCUGAGGCUUACAUUCAGAUCUGGAAAAGACGAGAUAGCAAAGAGGAGACCAACCAGCAAGGGGCUUGAAAAGGGAAACGGAGAGCGCCAGAAGGAUGCAGAUGCAAUCACAGCAUCACCUCUACUGUGAAAUGGAGACUGGUGUUUAGUGUUCGGUCAGUCAAGCUGGUGUUGUCUUUUAGAAGCCUCUCUCUUCCUGUUGCUGGCUCUGUUCAUUAAGCAGCCCAGCAGGGAAUGGACUCCUUGGUGCCACUUUGCAGCUCAGUCUUGGCUAUGUUCUCAUUGGAGAAGAACUAGCAAGAAGACAGGGCAAGAGUGUAUUUUCUCAACUUCUUUGGGCACAGCUAACUGCAUCCCAUUUCACUGUCCAGCAAGUCUACCUAGUGCUGAAAUCAAUUUCAGGGGGCGACAGGAGAAGGCCUUUCCCUUGUGUUUUGUUCAAGGCUACUACUUCUGAGUCCUGUGUGCAUUAAAUGUGUAUACUUGGUUUUCUAA